GUUGGCCGGAGGAGACGCUGGCGCUGGAGGGAUCGCUGCGCCGCUGACCGCUAAGGAAUCGCAGGGGCAUCUGCUGCUGGCCACUGCUACUGGCGUUUCCAGCCUUCGCCGAGAGGUACCCGGGGAUGACAGCUCCAGGACCGGCCGAAAGGUGUGGAAAUUAACACAAAUAUUUUGACUGAGGCUUUGAUCAAGCAAAUGCUAAAAAGCCACAUAAAGAAGAUCCCUAGUGGUCAUUUCUCAGCAAUUAUAUAGUCAACUGAUGUAACAAUGGUCUUAAUACUGGGACGAAGACUAAACAGAGAGGAUCUCGGGGUGCGUGAUUCCCCAGCAAUUAAGCGUAAAGUUUUUGAGAUGGACCCAAAAUCUCUGACAGGCCACGAGUUUUUUGACUUCUCCUCAGGAUCGUCCCAUGCUGAAAACAUACUCCAGAUAUUUAAUGAAUUCCGAGAUAGCCGCUUGUUCACAGAUGUUAUCAUUUGUGUGGAAGGAAAAGAAUUUCCUUGCCAUAGAGCUGUUCUCUCAGCUUGUAGUAGCUACUUCAGAGCUAUGUUUUGUAAUGACCACAGGGAAAGCCGAGAAAUGUUGGUUGAAAUCAACGGUAUUUUAGCUGAAGCUAUGGAAUGUUUCCUGCAGUAUGUUUAUACUGGAAAGGUGAAGAUCACUACAGAGAACGUACAAUAUCUCUUUGAAACCUCAAGCCUCUUUCAGAUCAGUGUUCUCCGUGAUGCGUGUGCCAAGUUCUUGGAGGAGCAACUUGAUCCUUGUAAUUGCUUAGGAAUCCAGCGCUUUGCUGAUACCCAUUCACUCAAAACACUCUUCACAAAAUGCAAGAAUUUUGCAUUGCAGACUUUUGAGGAUGUGUCUCAGCAUGAAGAAUUUCUUGAGCUUGACAAAGAUGAACUUAUUGAUUAUAUUUGUAGUGAUGAACUUGUUAUUGGUAAAGAGGAGAUGGUUUUUGAAGCCGUCAUGCGUUGGGUCUAUCGUGCUGUUGAUCUGAGAAGACCACUAUUACAUGAGCUCCUGACACAUGUGAGACUUCCUCUGUUGCAUCCCAACUACUUCGUUCAAACAGUUGAGGUGGACCAAUUGAUCCAGAAUUCUCCUGAGUGUUAUCAGUUGUUGCAUGAAGCAAGACGGUACCACAUACUUGGGAAUGAAAUGAUGUCCCCAAGGACUAGGCCACGAAGGUCAACUGGCUACUCUGAGGUGAUAGUUGUCGUUGGAGGCUGUGAACGAGUUGGAGGAUUUAAUCUUCCGUACACUGAGUGCUAUGAUCCUGUGACAGGAGAAUGGAAGUCUUUGGCCAAGCUUCCAGAAUUUACCAAAUCAGAGUAUGCGGUCUGUGCUCUAAGGAAUGACAUUCUUGUUUCAGGUGGAAGAAUCAACGGUCGUGAUGUCUGGAUUUAUAAUUCACAGUUAAAUAUUUGGAUCAGAGUUGCUUCUCUAAAUAAAGGCAGAUGGCGUCACAAAAUGGCUGUCCUCCUUGGUAAAGUAUAUGUUGUUGGAGGCUAUGAUGGGCAAAACAGACUUAGCAGCGUAGAAUGUUAUGAUUCCUUUUCAAAUCGAUGGACUGAAGUUGCUCCCCUUAAGGAAGCAGUGAGUUCUCCUGCUGUGACUAGCUGUGUAGGCAAAUUGUUUGUGAUUGGUGGAGGACCCGAUGAUAAUACUUGUUCUGAUAAGGUUCAAUCGUAUGAUCCAGAAACCAAUUCUUGGCUACUUCGUGCAGCUAUCCCAAUUGCCAAGAGAUGUAUAACAGCUGUAUCCUUAAACAACCUGAUAUAUGUUGCUGGUGGACUGACCAAGGCAAUAUACUGUUACGAUCCAGUUGAAGAUUACUGGAUGCAUGUACAAAAUACAUUCAGCCGGCAGGAAAACUGUGGUAUGUCUGUGUGUAAUGGCAAAAUAUAUAUCCUGGGUGGAAGACGGGAAAAUGGAGAAGCCACGGACACUAUUCUCUGUUAUGAUCCUGCGACAAGUAUCAUCACGGGAGUAGCUGCAAUGCCCAGGCCAGUGUCCUAUCAUGGCUGUGUGACUAUUCACAGAUACAAUGAGAAAUGCUUUAAGCUCUAAAGCCAGGAUAUUUCAUCCAAGAAGCCACACUGAUCCAAGAUGAGAGAUUUUAAAAACUCCAGAGUUGGAAUUUGGUGUAUCUCCUUUGUGCCAAAAGCACAAAACCUAAAAAUAAUCAUUGUGGUCCUUUCUCCCCAAAAUACCAAUUUUUCAAACUGUAAUAAAGCCUUUCCUGUAAUUGAAAAAGGGGGGGAGGGGUUUUGUUUUUGUUGUUGAAGGUAAUAGUGGUGUUGCUUGGACUUUGAGAAUGUACCUUUGUAAGUAUUUGUAAGAAACUUAUGUGGAAUAGGAAAUAAUGUCUGCAUACGUUUUAGGAAUUCGUGACUGGUCUCUCCAUUUUUGUGUAUUUAUCUGCAAGACUGUAUAUUCCUUAUUUUGUCAUACAUGUGAAAAAUUGCAUGACUAAGCUUCAUUUAAGUUGAAUCACAUAAUUCUUAAAAUGCAUUCUAAGGAGGAAAAAUCAGUUUUAAAAAUCAUUGUCACUAAAAAUAUAUCCAAACUGAUUAAUUUUACUGAAGAUUUUCUGUAGUUGAUAAAAAUACGGUGACAAUUUGAGUAUCCUAAAAUACUGAAUUCUCAUGACUUCAUUCUUACAAUUGCUGUCUUAUAUUAAACAUAUUUUUGGGAAGAGGUUGGGUAGGAGAUACAAAAGCAGAUGCCCCUAAAAUGGGGAUUAAAAUAACAGGUUAAUUCCUAAGAAAAAAUUAUUUAAGACCCAUUGAAGGGAAAAUGGCCCACUGUGACUCUCAUCUCUACAGCCUCUAAAGAAGCUCCUUUUCUUGAACCUGGCAAAGGAGUUGAAGUUCAUUUUGCAAUAUUAUCUUGUGAAAAACAGGGACCGAUUUUCUCCCUAGCCCAGUAGGGUUUGACCUCAUUAGUGUGGUGCUUUGGGUGAGGACUUCCUCCCUGGUUGUCCUACUUUCUUGUGAACGGCUAAAAAUCCUGAGAGUCUCUACUUUCAAGUUGCCUUUAAAGGAUAAACCAGGGACCACCUAGCUCAAUGGGUCUAUUUUUCUUUUAAAAUUAGCUAUCUGAAAAAACUAACAGCAGUAGUUGCAGUCUUCUAAGAUGAAUCUGUCAUUUGGUACACAUUGUGUAAAAUACUGGUCAACAUUCUCAAGCUUCUAUACAACAAAUUGCCCUUGUCUGGAUUUUACAACUCUGGUUUAUAAAGCUUGCUAGUUUUCAGAGAGGAAUGUAAAAUUUUUUCUAAGGUAAAUGGAGUGGCAGGAACUACAGCGUAAUUGAUUAUUGUUAUUCCUGGGUGGACAGAUAUAAUUUACAACAUUGUAGGGAUGUUCCAGGUAGCUGGUGUAUCUGGACUUCCCAAGUUCUAUUAUUAUCUGCAUUAUAAUUAUAUACUCCUUGUCAUAGGAGAGAUGAAGAAAAUAUGUGAUUAUAGUGUCACCAGAUUUCUGUUAAAACCAAGUAAUUGAAAACUUAACAUGUAUAAACUACUUUUUUUCUCUCAUCCUAAAGUGAUACUGAGAUUUCAAAUAAACUAUGGCAUCAACUUGAAUGCUUAGCUGAAAUCUGAAUUCUGAGGAAAAAUGUACACAUUUUUAGGGAAUUUUUACUUUCAAAUCAUAAUUUGAAAUGAUAUAUGUAUACCUUUUUGUGAUAAUUAUCAGAGCAAUUCAAAGAACAAUGUUCUGUCAUUUUAGUUGAAAGACAAUUGUAGGUAUAAUUAGGAUACUUAUUUUAAUUUUCAAGUAAACAUCUACUUGUGUAUUAUAUUUUUUGUAGAUAAUGGAACCUAUUUAGUUCAGAAAUGUUUUGCAGAAAAUGAGGUUAUGUAUGAGAAAAGUGUAAAUGCUGAGGAUUAUACAAAUAACACUUGUUAUUUCAUGUUUAUUUGUAAGAUUAUGUCCAUCCAUAAAUGCAGACACUUCACACACAAAAAAAACUUUCUGAAGAUAACUUGUAUUCUAGUACUUUUGUCUAUUGUAAAAAUAUUAACUAUUUACUUGUAUUGUUAUUCGUUUUUUUAAUAUCCAUAUCUUCAUUAUAGUAAAUCUGAUAGAACAGAAUUUGUUUAAAUAUAGACCUCAAAGUUUAAUUUUUUUCCUCUACGUAAUUUAAAACUACAUAAAUUAAAUAGGCCACCAACAACUUACCUUGAAUACUAGGAAAUUAAAGUAACUAUUUUUAAAGUUACCCGAAUGAUAGUUUAAUUUCCUUUAAUUAUUUAUCUUCCUUUACUGAUUUUGGAUAAAUAAUGGUGUUAGCACUGAUAAAAUAAAAAGAAAUUUUAGGGUAUAAUUAAAUCAAAAGAAAUUUACCAGUAUCAACCAAACUUGUGUCAGAUUUUAUUCAUACUGUCAUCACAUAGUUAACAGAUUUUCUUUUGAUAGGUAAUGUUCAUAUAAGCCUUUGGGUUAGUAUUUAUGUAUAUCCAUGUGUAUGUAUGUAGAUAAAUAGUAUGGUCAUGUACACAUAUACGCAUAUAAACACCAAGAAUUUCAUCACUUCGUAGUGAUCAGAAAAAAGCAUAUAAAAAUUAAUUGACCUUAUUAAAUUCAAUUCCAGAAAAAUUUUUAUUUGGGCAUUUCUAGAAUCCUUUUUUACAUUUGAAAGUACAUGAUGAGUAUUAAUAUGAUGACGUGUAUGCAGUCAGAAUCUAUAUAAUACAUAUGGUUUUACAAGGGCAGAAAACAAAUUGGAGGUGGAGAUGCGUUUGCUAAACCCACUCAAUGGCAAAGGGAAUUGAAGGGUAUGUUUUGUGAAUCAACCGAAAAGUACAGUUUGUUAUUUUCAUGAACUUAAUUCUUUUCCAUGUGUUCCUAUAUAAGUGAGUGAACUAUAAAGAGUGAUCUAAUUCUUACCACAGAAGAGCUCCCUUUUCUGCUCUAAUCUUCCCACUGACUACAGCACAGGUAUGAAAUGAUAGCCUAUUCGAUCUUCAGUAACCUUUUUAUUUUUCCUAGAUGACUGAAAUACAGGUAUUUACUCCAUUUAAACAAGGUGUUAAGGAAAAAUGAUGUAUAUACUCAGGGAGGGUAUUAACUUGUCAUUUUUGCCUGUUUGGGAUGUUUAAAGUGCCAUAACUAAGUAACCUUCAGUUCAUGAUUCUAGAGUAAAUUUAAUUUGGUAAAGGGGCUUCACACAUGGCAGUGGUUGAACAUUCAUUCUUUUAUAUUUAGAAAGACGAAAAUGUUUUGUGGACUGAUACAUUUUCUCUUAGUGAAUAUGAAUUGUUUAUGUAUCUUUACUGUCAAAUACUCUUUUUGAAACUCAGGAAAGACAAAGGUUCAAUUAUAUACUAUACUUUUGUCAAUAUACAAACCAGGUGUGUUUUUUUUCUUGUUGUCUGGAUAUGGCAAUAGAUUUUUUUAAAUUGCUGUGAGAACCCAUACAUGAAAAGCAAGGGGUUAAAUUGUUUAUGUGUGCCUGUUGUAUCUUGAGAUUUAUGUGUGGAAAAGACAUCUACUCCAGACUGUAUUUUCAAACAGGAGAGCUUGCUGUUUAUGUGGUGCCAAGUGAUAAGAUAAUAUCUCCUAAAGGCUUCCUAUAGACUGCCUUUAUUUUAGGAACUCAAGACAGCUGUUAACCUCAACAUAAUUUUGGCCGCCUUAGAAUUUAUCGUGCAUUAUAUCGAAAGCCAGGUUUGCAUCACCUCACCCCAUUUUUCUUUUUAGUUAAAUAAAGAAAUUCAUACCACAUAAUCAGAAUGGGGCAAUUUGGUUGACCUUCAAGGCAGUAGGUUUGACUUGCUAGCUAUACUUAUUGUCAUAUCUAAUGCUAGGCACCAGAAACCACUUGAGCCAGGAGUGUGAACUGAUAAUUCCAGAGACAUUUUCAACAUACACGUACUUCAAACAUUUUUUAAUGUUUUGUGUGAAUGUUUUACAUUUGUGUGAUUGCCUAGAUAUUAAAUUUACUUAGUGCUAGAGAUGAUCAUCAUAAAUAUUUUUUUUAAAAAAAAGCAAUAGUCAUAACUUAUUUUGUACUUUGUUCCAAAGAAAGGAAUUUUUUAAUGUUUUAAAAACAACUACAUCUGAAUUUGUGCCUAAAGUUCUCUAGUGCUAUUUCAACUUUUUUCCAAUCUAAAUAAAGCUUACCUUAAAUAAGUUUCAUAUUUGUUUCCUAUAGAGUAAAUAAACUUCUACAAAAAAAUUUUUGUCAUUCAGCCCUUCUUAAAUUUUGUAAUGAGCACCAACUGUGUGGUUGCUUGGCCAAGUAAGAAUGUUAAGAGAUUUUGGGGUGUUUGGAAUUUUAUUUUAUUUUUUGGUUGGGGUUUUUUGGGUUUUUUUUGUUUGUUUUUUUUUUUUGUUUUUGAUACCAAGGUGCUUUUUAAGAUAUUCAGAAGAACAUCUAUCUUACAUUGAUUAAGCCCUUGUAAACAUUUGCAAUAUCUACAUCUAAUGUCAAAAAAGUAUAUCCACUUAUUUUUGUCCUAUUAUGUACUAUUUCUUUUCUCUACAGACUUUGUUAUUUAACUUCUUGAAAAAGCUCUUACUCUUCCCUUUCCUAUCACCCCUCCCCAUGGUUUAUUUAAAACUUUGUUGAGAGUUUCUGGAGCUUUCUAAGACAACACAAUUAUAAAGUUGAACAAAAGUAUAAUAUGCUUUAUAACUUUUACAGACCUUUGGUGGCCAAAUGUCAUUUGUCUUCAAUCAGAGGCUCCAGAGUCUUCAGAGUGAAAAAAAAGGCUUUGUAUUUCUUUGUUCUCAAUUCAGUUGUAGCACAUUAAUACUUAUAUAUUUUGUUUAAUUAUACUUUGUUCAUAGUAUUUUUUAAAAGUUGUAUCUAAUAAAAUGUAUCUAAUAAAAAACCAUUA